CAACAAGGGGACAUCGCAUUCCUGAUGCCAGCAGAAGCCUUCUCCGCACCCGAUUACAACGACCUACUCGCGAAACCGCCAGGUCGUGGAUGCCGCGCCUACAUUCCAACGCUGGCGACGGGGCACCCGGUCAUCGUCCUGCAACGCGCGGCCAACCAUGUGCUUAUCACGCCAGUACCGGCGUACAAGUCAGGUCCGCAUAACAACUACCUUGCGCCCUGGAAGCCGAUAUACCAGCAGUCCAAGAACACCCUGGAUUUCCGCUCCUUUUCCGGCUCAGAGCUCUCCAGCCACGAUCGCCCGCCGCUCUUUCUCGAGAGCGGGUCGAUGCCCAAGCCCAAGACAAGUUGGGUAAACAUCCAGAGUGUCUGGGUGGUAUCCCUGAGCGUAAUCGGCCGUUUCACCAAAAGCCGCCAGCUCUUGCGCGUCCGGGAGGACAGCCUGAGCAGCCUGCGCGAGCACAUGGCGGAAAAGUGCGCGCGAUGGCUAGACAGCCAGAAGAGGCUGGCGGCCGUCCUGCCACCAGCGUCCAGCCUCCCGUCUUCUUCAUCAUCAUCAUCAAAGCCC